UGAUUUUAGAAAAGCUCUAUUGAAAUCAAGUAAAAAUAGUAAUAUAAUGUUUCAAAAGAAUCAGGAACAAAUAUUAGGAGAUGGAAAGGAAAGAAUAGCAUUACUUCAAAAGAAAGGGAUAAAUAUGAAAUCAACAACAGGAGAUAGAGCAAUAAAUACAUCAACAAAUGUUUUAUCAGCACUUGCAGAACUUCAUCAAUUAAUGGAAUCAGAGAUGUCAAAAUCAUCUGUAACAUUAGAAGAGCUUGAAUUAUCAUCUAAUGCACUUCAAUCAUUGCAAGAGAAUUACUUGACAUUUAAUUCAUUAAUUACAAAAUCAAGAAGACUUAUUUCAGAACUUGAAUAUUCAAAUAAGUUUGAUAGAAUAUCAAUUAUAUGUUCUUUAAUAUUUUUUCUAUCAGUAAUUGCUUGGAUUAUAUAUAGAAGACUUUUACGUCAUAUUAUUCAUUUUAUAUUUUGGUUAUUUUUUGAUAAAUUAAAGAAUAUUGGUAAGAAAAUAAUUAAAACACAAAGUAAAUUUUCUGAAGACUCUAUAAUACAAAAAUCUAAAGCAAUUUUUUCAUAUUCUAAAAAUUAUACUACAGAGUUAUCAGAAUUUAAUACAAUGGAUAAAUCAAAUAUUGCAAAUAAUACAUUUUUACAUGAUGAACUUUAAUAUUUGUUAUGUUU